UCAAUCAAAGCGGCAGUGGGCGUGUCUCAGACUGAUCCAGAGUUCUGUAUCUCGACACUCGUUCAGAGAGUUGUGAAGUGUUUGUGGGGCAGGUUUGUGGCUGGUCGCACGCGCGGUCACGUAAGCACGUGCACUCUGUUGUGGUGUUGGCUCGCGCUUCAAUUGGAUUAGGCGAGAAAGGAGCGCGCAGGUUCUGGAGCGCACAGAGCGCGUAAAGGAUAAAGGCGGGCAGGCGCGCGCUGGGGGAGCGUGCGGGGGGAGCAUGCGGAGCUGCGGGAGAGGAGCGCGUGCAGCGGCGGCGGAGCAGGAAUGAGGAGUUUGCGGCUGUGGGAGCAGCUUCAGCCCGGCAGCUCGGAGCUGGACUGGUGCGAGGGAAACUACCUGAUCUACCCGAGCAUAGCCGAGUUCUACAACACGAUCAGCAAUAUUUUGUUUUUUAUUCUGCCGCCCAUUUUGAUUGGCCUAUUUCAGCAAUAUGCAACACAUUAUAAUCGUGGGAUUUAUGUCAUAUGGGCGCUGCUUGUCGUUGUCGGCAUCGGCUCCACGUACUUCCAUGCUACGCUCAGCUUCCUGGGUCAGAUGCUGGAUGAACUGGCCAUUCUUUGGGUGCUGAUGUGUGCUAUUGCAAUGUGGUUCCCUAAGAGAUACCUGCCCAGAAUAUUCCAGAAGAACAGGUUUCUGUUUAAGCUGAUGGUUGGCGUGCUGUCUGGCAUCACCACGUGCUUGGCCUUUGUGAAGCCGGUGGUGAACUCCGUCUCUCUAAUGACUCUGGGGAUCCCCUGCACAGCUCUGCUCAUUACCGAGCUCAGAAGAUGUGACAACCCCCGGGUGUUAAAGCUGGGUUUAAUCUCUGGAGUGUGGUGGGCUCUUGCUCUGCUCUGCUGGAUCAGUGAUCAGAUAUUCUGUGAGAUGUGGUCUACUGUCAACUUCCCCUACCUGCACUGUUUCUGGCACAUAUUAAUCUGUCUGGCUUCUUACCUGGGAUGUGUGUGUUUCGCCUAUUUCGACGCAGCAACAGAGGCUCCAGAGAGAGGACCGGUCAUACUGUUCUGGCCCAGUGAGCGCUGGGCUUUCAUAGGGGUACCGUACGUCAUGCUGCUGCACACCCCACGGAAAUCCUCCGUGAAGGUGACGUAGAGUCUAGGAAUGAUGGAUAUGAAGAGGCCUUAUGUUGACUUGUUCAGGUGACAUUCUUCAAAUAUGCAAUAGAAAUAACACUGACAUGCUGCAUUCCAUUUACCUCAGAAGUCGGAUUUCACAACUGGAAAUGACGUCACAUUGAGUUGAGUUGAGUUUGCAGCGUACAGUAUUUCAAAACAUUUUCCAAAAGCUAAUUAGCUUAAGGUUUUAGAGUUUACCACAACUGGAUUGACAAUCAAUUCCUGGAUUUUGACUGGCAAAUUUAGCCACAAUACAUCCUGGGUUAGCACGGUCACAUGUUAUCGUUUUUAGCAUUGUCACAGGUUAGCAUAGUUAACAUUGUCACAUGUUAUCAUUUUUUGGCAUUGUCCCAGGUUCUUGUUUUGUCACAGGUUACCAUUGUUAGCAUUGUCCCUGGUUAUCGUUUUUAGCAUUGUCACAGGUUAGCAUAGUUAAUGUUGCCACAGGUUAUCGUUUUUAGCAUUGUCCCUGGUUAUCAUUUUUAGCAUUGUCCCUGGUUAUCAUUUUUAGCAUUGUCCCUGGUUAUUGUUUUUAGCAUUGUCACAGGUUAGCAUAGUUAAUAUUGCCACAGGUUAUCAUUUUUAGCAUUGUCUCUGGUUAUUGUUUUUAGCAUUGUCACAGGUUAGCAUAGUUAAUAUUGCCACAGGUUAUCAUUUUUAGCAUUGUCCCUGGUCAUCGUUUUUGGCAUUGUCCCUGGUUAUUGUUUUUGGCAUUGUCACAGGUUAGCAUAGUUAACAUUGUCACAGGUUAUUGUUUUUAGCAUUAUAAUAGCUUGGCAUUGUUUACAUUGUCACAGGUUAGCAUAGUUAGCAUUACACCAGGUUAGCAUUGUUACCAGUUGCUAACACUAUGUACAUGAUUUUGUGCAUUUAAAAACCAUAAAAAACAUGUCAGGAGUUGGACAGUAGUGUUUGUAUGCCUGAUUUAGUGAUACACUAACAGACGGAAAUCAUAAUAAUAUGUAUAAUGCUACUGAUACUGACUGUUGAUUUGAGGCAGCCAUCUUGGUUUUUGAAUUCUCCCGAGUUGGAAAUCCGAAUUGUGGGGGUGUUCCAGUUCAUAUUUAGUACUUGGAACUUGGACAUCUGAGUUUAAAUGGAACACAGCAUUAGUUCUGUCUUGCUUUACAGCAGUGUUAAAAGGCUUUGUUGAUGAAACAUUGCUAGGUCAGCUGUCAAAGGGUGACAUCCUAAGGUCGCGAGCAGACAGACGAGGGGGAUAUGACAAUCAUAAACAUAAGCGCGCUCUACCUCAGGCAGACUCAUUAAUUUUUACCUUAAUUUUUUCACAUGUUGGUGCCAAAUUGCUUAUUAGCAAUUAAUACAGUAUUCACUCACAGUGAAUACUAAAUUGUAUAGGAAGAUCUGUACACCUACUGAUCUACGCAAUUAUCUAUUUAAGAUUUAAGAUUUUAAGAUUUUAAGUUUAAGUUUAAGAUUUAGUCAAAUAAAUACAAACCUAAGACCAAUAAAAAGCCAAUUCCCAAUAGGGACAGGACCAAGUCCACUCGUUUAUGGUCUAAAGACUGAGACCGGACUUAAGCACUACAACACUACAGUACAGUGCAUAAAACCACACAGCUACAGAUCAGCAGCCUCAACUAAUCCUCACACCAACUAUCAUAAUAGUCAUGAUUGUUGGUGUCAGAAGUGGUUUCGUUAUAUCAGAACUGCUGAUCUAUUGGGAUUUUCAGCACAACACUCUCUAGAGCUACUGAGAAUAGUGUAGUUUCAGUUCUACAGCUGAACACAGGUCUACACUUCAUGUAUCAUGUGGAACUGAAAGGUAAACGAUGGUGAUGGAAGUCAAUGCAGAUUCAAUGCAAACACAUAGUGUAUUCAUAGUAUUCAUAGUAACUCAUAGCAAUAUAUCCAAACACUUGAUGCAACUCUGAGGAACAGCAGCCAUGGUCACUCCAGCACUACCUCUGGGCUCAAAAAGGGGGAAUAAUACAUGUACACUGAAAAAACAGGCACAUUUGUGUCAGUAUUGAAACUUAACAAGGAUAUUUCAUGUUGUGUCUUGUAAACUUGAUUUAAUUUGGUAAUAUUCCUGGAGUUCAGGCCUGCUACACAUUCCAAACAAAAGUUGAGAAGCGUCGACUUCUCUGUGCUCAGAGGGAUCUAGAACUGACCAUCACACAGUGGAAAUGUGUAUUGUGUAUUUUUGGAAAAAAAAAACAGAUGCUAUGUGCUCCAGACCAAAGUAGUAAAUAUAACCAAAGUACCAUCCAGACUUUUAUCAGCAACAAAUCAUCCAAAAUCCAAGAUCUGCCAUGUUAUGGGGUAUCAGUACAAUUCUGUCAUGAAAUUUGAAAUUUAAUACAGAAGAUAUGGAUAUUAGGAAUUAAAUGUAGUUAUUAUGAAACAAUAUGAAAUAUCGUGGGUUUCUACUGACUGCAAAUGAAUGCAUAUUCAAAUUAAAUAUAAGAAACAUUGUGUCUUUUUCUAAUGUGUCAUUGUAUCAUUGUAAAUUAUUUAGAUCUUUAUAUAAUUAUAUAAAUGCAAUUUUAAUCAAAGGGAACCUUUCAGUAUGAAGUGUUUAUAUAAUGUAACAAAUGUGGUGCUUUUGACAGAACUGCACAAACUGCAUUUUGUAGCCUUGCUGUUUAACAGAUUAUCUAAAAUAUAAAUAAGGGAAAUAAUGAGUAUAUAAAUGCAUUAAAUCUAUGUGAAGAAUCCAUUUGUGAUUAUGGUAGGGAAAUGUACAUGUUUUUACUUCAUCUGUUGGAUCACAACAUUUUGCACUUUUAGUACAAAAGGAAAAUGUAACUGGUGUUCCUGAGAGUCAUCUUAGCACAAAAGUGAUUCCUAAAUGGUGAAACGAGCAUCAUACUGAAUGCUCUCUCUAAACCAAUUAAGGUGCUGUUAACACCAAUGAAACUGAGCUCAGACCACGUUCAGUCACAGUUGACGCAGUUUUCAUGUUUUUUGUUGUUUAAAAAGCACAUGGCAGAUGAAGCUAAACUACUUUGUUUUGAAUGUAUUUAAUUAUAACAUUUAAUAAUUCAAUAAAAAUGUUGUUAUACAUAAA